ACAUUAACAUUAACACUGGUAUCAACAUCAACAUCAACAUCAACAUCAACAUCAACAACGCCAAUCAAUACUGGAAAAAGAACAAUGGAUCAUCCAUCGAGGGUGCUAGCGCAGGCGCGAGAGCAUCUCGAAGCUCUGAAGCAAUCCGGUCUCAGCCGUGAUGCCCUGCUCGCCUUACUAGAAGAACCACAACCACAACAGCAGCAGCAACAGCAGCAACAACAACAACAAGCUACUAUGAUAGCUGAAGCCAUACCGAAUUUCAGUUAUAGAGAUAUCAAUUCUUUCAACCAACAGCUCCCCAGACAACGAUCUUCCGUCUCGUCAUCUAGAUCCAGCUCUUCGAGUCGCGACAGCGUAUUCUCCGCUACCUCCAUACGAAGCUCUAUAUCAUCAGCAUCAGCCCUAACGACUACCGACGCGAAGUUUUGGUGCACGUCCUGCGAUAAGACGUUUAAGAGGAAGUUCGACUGGAAGCGACACGAGGAAGAGUUUCACGAGCGAUCGCGAAAAUAUCCCUGCCCGAGCUGCAACCAAAGCUUCUGGGGGCCCAAUACAUUCAACCAACAUCACAAGUCAGCACACGGCUGUAAAACCUGCCCACAUGCUGACACCGUAGUCAAGCAUUUACGGAAAAGAAGGGCAUGGGGCUGCGGCUUUUGCGCUGCGAUGUACGGCACGUUCGAGAAACACAUAGACCACGUUGCCGCACAUUUCGAGUCCGGAAGUACGAAAGCUGACUGGCUGCACUCCAACGUCAUCUACGGCCUACUACACCAACACCUCAUCCAUGAAGCAUGGAAGGCGUUGAUCGCGAGGAAGCAGAGUAAGUUCAACGGUCACCAGCCCAUGUUCAGCUGGAGCCCCGAGUCGACCGGACGAGCUCAGGGUUUCGUAGAAAACGAAAACCCUGGGCAGUUGCAAGACUUGUUGGAAUUUUUCGACGGAACCAAGGAGUCCGCGGAGAGCAUUGUCGAAAUGGCAUAUACCUGCGUCCACAUCGUAUUCCGACCAAGGUCAGUUUCCGGCAGUCAAGGUACCCCUCAGUCUCCCUCAGGUUCAGCUUCGUCCUCUACUAUACCCAAACAUAUAUCCGUCUUACCAAGGGCUCCGUCGGUUCCGAGACGCUCAGCAUCUACAUCCGCACUACCUGGCGUGAGCCGACACGGCAGACGAACACCGUCCAUGGAUUCCAGUCGCACUGCCCCUGCUCAAGUUCCAAAUUUGAACAUGGCAAUGCCGAUGGCGCCAAACAACCAACAACACAUGAUUAGUACAUACCAAAACUUCUCCAUGCAACCAACUCAACAACAGAGAUACGUACCUCCGAUCAGCACCGACAAGGCAUUGCCACCAGAGCCGCUAGCACCAUCGCCGACUUCGCCCAUGAAUAUCGACUUUCCACUCUUUAACACAGGAGAUGGGAUGCUACCGCCGCUCAACCUAUCGUCAGAUGACUGGCACAGUUUUACCAGCACAUUGAUCGAAGAAGAGGAACCGCCGCAUCCCUUAUCCUCCAAUGACUUCCCCAUGACGUGGGAUGAUCUCGGACAGUUCCAAUCGAAUCCCCAGCGAUGAUAAAAUUUAGUUUU